AUGGCGUUUUGCACGAAUAGUUUGUGUAUGCACAUUUGCCUCUCUUUCCUCUACUCUGCUUUGUUGUCUAUAGUUUUAAAUGUGUCUGUCCAUGGAUGUCUCCCCAAUGAAUCCAGAGUGCUUCUCAGCCUUAAGGCUGCCUUUUACAAUCCUGAAAUUGUAUACCUUUGGGAGGGAGAUGACUGUUGUGAAUGGAUAGGUGUCGUCUGCUAUGAAAAGGAAUUGGGUGGACAUGUUAGAAAGUUGGACGUUAGUUCCUGGGGAAACCAACUAGAAGGUCCCAUCCCGUCUAGCUUGGGUUUACUCAUCAAUCUUACUGAAUUAGAUCUUAGCGACAACAGUCUCAGUGGUCCAAUCCCUCCUUCUCUAGGCAAUCUCCUGUCCCUAAAAAGAUUAAAUCUUUCCAAAAACCAGAUGAGUGGAGACAUUCCCUUGUCAUUUGCUCAAUUGUCUUCACUUGUCAGUCUCGAUCUGAGUAACAACCAAUUGAAUGGAACUAUUCCUUCUCUAGGCAAUCUCCUGUCCCUAAAAAGCUUAAAGCUUUCCGACAACCAGAUGAGUGGAGGCAUUCCCUUGUCAUUUGCUCAAUUGUCUUCACUUGUCAGUCUCGAUCUGAGUAACAACCAAUUGAAUGGAACUAUUCCUUCCUUGCUCACGCUACCAUCUUCUAUGCAAACAUUUUUGCUCUCCAACAACAGCAUGACAGGAACAGUUUCAGAUCAAGUGCUCUUGCGCCAUAGUUCAAGCUUGGAAGAAUUGGACUAG